GGUCGGAAUUAGUAUGACCCUAAACUACUGGUAACCACGCGUGCGCAUUCGUAUUUCCCGCGUAUAGGAACGCAUGAACUAAUGGUGGCGUCACCUGUUAUCCACUAGAAGAACUCCGACAUCCUUCAAUGUGUACGUCGAGGAUGUGACAAAUCGCAUAUCGAAGAUGUAACAAGUCGCCGAUUUUGCAUCAUUUUUCAUUUUUUCCCAUAUAUAACCCCGCUUUGAUCCUUCAACAUGCCAUUAAGAACACUAUUUCGGUACCUGGCAAAUCAUCCAGAGGUUAUCAAUAGACUGGCCGAGUCAUAUCCUAUCAGAAGAGCAGCACAACUCACUGCAUAUCUCAUACAUAGGUCAAAGGAAACAGGCCAAAGAAGUUUAGAUGACUUCCUGAAAUCCUCCACAACACGACAGAUAAAGGAGCAGGCAUCAGAAACAGGGAAUAGUGUUCAGUCAUUCAGUAAGACAUUCACAGAGGAACUUAAAGAUGGACUUCGAAAAAUGAAUGAAGAAAUCAAAAAACAGAAAUGACGAAAUCUGGAUCUAGAAAGCUAAUUGAAUUGAAUUCUGACUGUGAUGUGCUUCUUGAUUGUGGUGUUUGGACAGAGCUUCUGAUGAUUUAUUCUUAUCAUUCGGCCCUUUGCUCCAUGUGGAUUUGCUCUCUACAUGCCAUGAGCAGUUUUAUUUCAUCUAAGGGAAUUGUCUUUUCUGGUUGACCUGCGCGUCCUUGCCGCUACCAUAUCAACUGGUGGCCAUUUAUAGUCAUUCCUUUGGUUAUUAAAUCAGUUUUGCCAGAGACUAAUAAAAUCCUGCUCUAUACGGUCGCGAUGCAAACUUCAUGCUCUACAAUACAUGUAUUUUGUUCAUACGAUGCAGAAAAUGUAAAUAGAGUGUACAAAGAAUAUUGUAAUUUAAAUAAAAUUCAAUGGUUUCUA